GACAGCCCGAACCCCCGCGGCCGAGCCGGGAGCGAGCUGUCUCGCUGACAGGAGGCAGAGCGGCGGCCAUCCGUCCACUCUAGCAUGUCCUGCUCAGGCCCGCCCCCGUGCCGUUAACCCCGGGCUCCCGCAUCGAGCAUCGAGUACCGAGCACCACACACCGCGCCCUGCGCCCCGCGCAACACCCCGGAGAGCCCCCGGCCGGUUCCCGCACCGCACACCGGAGGGCUCGUGGGCUGGGCUCCCGCACGGAGCACCGAGCACAGCCCCUGCGAGCCAGACCCCGACCCGGCUCCCGCACCAAGUACAGAGCACCAGGGAGCGCGUUGGCCAGGCUCCAGCACAGAGCACCUUUCCGGCGAUUUCUCCGCCGGCUUCAGGCACCGAGCACCGCGAACCGAGCGCCAAGCAGCGAGCACCACCCGGCCCCGCGAGCGGCUAGCAGCCGCAUGAGGACGCGAGCGUGACCCGCAGAAGCGGCCGUGCGGGGCAGCCUGCCGGCCAGUCUCCAGGACACCGCCAUGGCCAGUGAUUCCCCCGCGCGCAGCCUGGAUGAGAUCGACCUGUCGGCGCUGCGGGACCCUGCAGGGAUCUUUGAAUUGGUGGAACUGGUUGGAAAUGGAACAUAUGGACAAGUGUAUAAAGGACGCCAUGUCAAAACAGGCCAACUGGCAGCCAUUAAGGUUAUGGAUGUCACAGGGGAUGAAGAGGAAGAAAUCAAGCAGGAAAUUAAUAUGCUGAAGAAAUACUCUCAUCACCGGAACAUUGCUACAUACUAUGGUGCUUUCAUCAAGAAGAACCCCCCAGGCAUGGAUGACCAGCUCUGGUUGGUGAUGGAGUUCUGCGGAGCUGGUUCUGUCACUGACCUGAUCAAGAACACAAAAGGCAACACGCUGAAGGAGGAGUGGAUUGCAUACAUCUGCAGGGAGAUCUUGAGGGGGCUAAGUCACCUGCAUCAGCACAAAGUGAUCCAUCGAGAUAUCAAAGGGCAGAACGUCUUGCUGACUGAAAACGCAGAGGUGAAGUUGGUGGACUUUGGGGUCAGUGCCCAGCUGGACCGGACAGUGGGCAGGAGGAACACUUUCAUCGGGACACCUUAUUGGAUGGCACCGGAAGUGAUUGCCUGUGACGAGAAUCCAGAUGCCACCUAUGACUUCAAGAGUGACUUGUGGUCUCUAGGAAUCACCGCCAUUGAGAUGGCAGAAGGUGCUCCCCCUCUCUGUGACAUGCACCCCAUGCGAGCUCUCUUCCUCAUCCCCCGGAACCCGGCGCCCCGACUCAAAUCCAAGAAGUGGUCUAAAAAAUUCCAGUCAUUUAUUGAGAGCUGCUUGGUGAAGAAUCACAGUCAGAGACCGGCAACAGAGCAGCUGAUGAAACACCCCUUCAUCAGAGACCAACCGAAUGAGCGCCAGGUCCGCAUCCAGCUCAAGGACCAUAUCGAUAGGACAAAGAAGAAGCGAGGAGAGAAAGAUGAGACAGAAUACGAAUAUAGUGGCAGCGAGGAAGAAGACGAAGAGAACGACUCGGGAGAGCCCAGCUCCAUCCUGAACCUUCCUGGGGAGUCCACUUUACGCAGGGACUUCCUAAGGCUGCAGCUGGCCAACAAGGAGCGCUCAGAGGCCCUGCGGCGCCAGCAGCUGGAGCAGCAGCAGCGUGAGAAUGAGGAGCAUAAGCGCCAGCUGCUGGCUGAGCGGCAGAAGCGCAUUGAGGAACAGAAGGAGCAAAGGAGGAGGCUGGAGGAGCAACAGAGGCGUGAGAAGGAACUGCGGAAGCAGCAGGAGCGAGAGCAGCGGCGGCUGUACGAGGAGCAGAUGCGGCGGGAGGAGGAGAGGAGGCGUGCAGAACAUGAGCAGGAAUACAUCAGGCGACAGUUAGAGGAGGAGCAGAGGCAGUUAGAGAUCUUACAGCAACAGCUGCUGCAUGAACAAGCUCUCCUUCUGGAGUACAAGCGCAAGCAGCUGGAGGAGCAGCGCCAGGCAGAGCGGUUACAGAGGCAGCUGAAGCAGGAACGCGACUACCUGGUCUCCCUGCAACACCAGCGCCAGGAGGCCAGGCCCGUGGACAAGAAGCCGCUGUACCACUACAAGGAGGGUGUGGGCGCCAGCGAGAAGCCAGCCUGGGCCAAGGAGGUUGAAGAGCGAUCGAGGCUCAACCGACAGAGCUCCCCUGCCAUGCCCCAUAAGGUUGCCAACAGGAUAUCUGAUCCCAAUCUGCCCCCCAGGUCGGAGUCCUUCAGCAUCAGUGGGGUGCAGCCUGCUCGCACACCCCCCAUGCUCCGGCCAGUGGAUGCCCAGCUCCCACACCUGGUCUCCGUCAAGUCCCAGGGCCCAGCGCUGACAGCCUCGCAGUCGGUGCAUGAACAGCCCAGCAAGGGCCUGGCAGGCUUCCAGGAGGCGCUGGGCGUCCCCUCCCACCGCGUGGAGAUGCCUCGUCAGAACUCGGACCCCACCUCGGAAACCCCCCCUCUCCCCACCCGCAUCGACAAGUUUGACCGGAGCUCCUGGUUGCGGCAGGAGGAAGACAUCCCACCAAAGGUGCCUCAAAGAACAACUUCUAUAUCCCCAGCGUUAGCCAGAAAGAAUUCUCCUGGAAAUGGUAGUGCUCUGGGCCCCAGGCUAGGAUCUCAACCCAUCAGAGCAAGCAACCCUGACCUGCGGCGUCCGGAGCCCGUCCUGGAGAGCCCCCUGCAGCGCACCAGCAGUGCCAGCUCCUCUAGCUCCAGCUCCCCCAGCUCCCAGCCCAGCUCCCAGGGCGGCUCCCAGCCCAGCUCCCAUGCUGGCUCCAGUGAGCGGACCCGGGUCCGAGCAAACAGCAAGUCUGAGGGGUCCCCCGUGCUCCCUCACGAACCUUCCAAGGUGAAACCGGAGGAGUCCAGGGAUAUUACGAGGCCCGGUCGGCCAGCCAGCUACAAGAAAGCGAUAGAUGAGGAUCUGACAGCAUUGGCCAAAGAGCUAAGAGAACUCCGGAUUGAAGAGACGAACCGCCCGCUGAAGAAGGUGACUGACUAUUCCUCCUCUAGCGAGGAGUCAGACAGCAGUGACGAAGAAGAGGAAGAUGGAGAGAGUGAGACACAGGAUGGGACAGUGGCCGUCAGUGACAUCCCCAGGCUGAUCCCCACAGGAGCUCCAGGCAGCGCGGAGCCCUACAGCGUGGGCUUGCUGGGCAGCCAUGGCCUGGAUGCCACUCACACCGACACGUUCAACAGCGGCAGCAUUUCCAGGGAAGGCACGCUGAUGAUGAGAGAGACAUCCGGAGAGAAGAAGCGGGCUGGCCAUGGUGACAGCAAUGGCUUCACGGGCCACAUCAACCUUCCAGACUUGGUGCAGCAGAGCCACUCCCCAGCAGGGACCCCCCCCGAGGGCCUGGGCCGAGUGUCCACUCACCCCCAGGAGAUGGACGCUGGGACGGAAUAUGGCAUGGGGAGCAGCACCAAGGCCUCCUUCACCCCUUUUGUGGACCCCCGAGUGUACCAGACAUCUCCCACAGAUGAGGAUGAAGAAGAUGAAGAAUCAGCUGCAGCAGCUCUGUUUACUAGUGAGCUUCUUAGACAAGAACAAGCCAAACUGAACGAAGCCAGAAAGAUUUCGGUGGUAAACGUGAACCCCACCAACAUCCGGCCUCAUAGUGACACACCGGAAAUCAGAAAAUACAAGAAGCGCUUCAACUCAGAAAUCCUUUGUGCAGCUCUGUGGGGUGUCAACCUCUUGGUGGGGACUGAGAAUGGCCUGAUGCUCUUGGACCGGAGUGGGCAAGGCAAGGUCUACAAUCUAAUCAACCGCAGGCGUUUCCAGCAAAUGGAUGUGCUGGAGGGGCUGAACGUCCUCGUGACAAUAUCAGGAAAGAAGAAUAAGCUGCGUGUUUACUACCUUUCGUGGUUGAGAAACAGAAUACUACACAAUGACCCAGAAGUGGAGAAGAAGCAGGGUUGGAUCACCGUGGGGGACUUGGAAGGCUGCAUACAUUACAAAGUUGUCAAAUAUGAAAGGAUCAAAUUUUUGGUGAUUGCCUUAAAGAAUGCCGUGGAGAUCUAUGCAUGGGCUCCCAAGCCGUACCACAAGUUCAUGGCCUUCAAGUCUUUUGCAGAUCUCCAGCACAAGCCCCUGCUUGUGGACCUCACUGUUGAAGAAGGUCAAAGGUUAAAAGUUAUUUUUGGUUCACACACUGGUUUCCAUGUGAUCGAUGUUGAUUCAGGAAACUCUUAUGAUAUCUACAUCCCAUCUCACAUUCAGGGCAAUAUCACGCCUCAUGCCAUUGUCAUCUUACCUAAGACCGAUGGGAUGGAAAUGCUUGUUUGCUAUGAGGAUGAGGGGGUGUAUGUCAACACCUAUGGCCGGAUCACCAAGGAUGUGGUGCUACAAUGGGGAGAAAUGCCCACGUCUGUGGCCUACAUUCAUUCCAAUCAGAUAAUGGGCUGGGGCGAGAAAGCUAUUGAGAUCCGGUCAGUGGAAACAGGACAUUUGGAUGGAGUGUUUAUGCAUAAGCGAGCUCAAAGGUUAAAGUUUCUAUGUGAAAGAAAUGAUAAGGUGUUUUUUGCAUCCGUGAGAUCUGGAGGAAGUAGCCAAGUGUUUUUCAUGACCCUCAACCGCAAUUCCAUGAUGAACUGGUAACAGAGGAGCACUUGGCACUUCACGCCAUGGCGGCGUUCCUAACUUAAAGAACCCAACCCGUGCGGACCUCUGCCAGGCUAGAGGCAGCCCCAGGAGGCGUGAUUGAACACACUGCUUUCCCCUUUUUCUCUCCCUCUACCCGUCCCCAAACAGUCCAUCUUCCCCUGUUGCAGCCUGGUUGAGGAGGUGAGAAAAAGGUGGCAAGAGUCUACAGGAGCCCCCAAGAAUGCUGCGUUGUCUGUGGACAAAGAUGGCGGACCCAUGCUCUUACGGUUAAGCUGUGUUAUGGCGGAUUUUGAGUUUCUGUUUUACCUGUUUUUCUUUACCCUCUUUGUAAGGAUGGGGGAGAGACUGCAUACUGAGAAAAUGUGUCUGUUUUUUAUUCUGUCUGCCUGCUAGCUUUAAGUAUAAGAUAUGUUGUGAAACAAAGCUUCCGAUCUCAAGUGAUGAGAGAGAGCACAAUAAAUGUACCUUAUCUCCUUACACUGAAGGCUGUGACCGCGUGGUGGGGCAGGGGGUGAUUUCUUUGGCCUUCACAAACCCAAAAGGUUGCUUUUUUGACAGCAACUGGCUAAUGAAUUUUUAAAAGAGAAGAGAACUACUACUUUUCCCCUGUUCUGGGAAAUAGAUUUUAAAUGGCUAAACUACUAGCCGUAGACUCAUAAAACCAACUGCUGUCUCUUAUGAGUCUGAUGGGUCCUCCUUUUCUGAGGCCAUGUGCACAGUGGGGUGUGCUGACUGAUGAGGGAGUUGGGAGCAUGACUCACCCUCAUGAGGCAUUUAUGCAACAGGUCAGGGCAAGAGACAAGAUCAGACAGAAGGAGCUUCUGGGAAACAAGCUAAGAAAUGUAGAAAUAUAAUAUGUAUGUACACUUUCUUAUUUUUUAACGUGCAAAGUUUCCUGGGGAAGAGGCCUCUCAAUUUGGGCUUCAUUAAGACUGAAACUUGAGUUCUUUCUAGGAAUUGGGGAGCGAUGUAUAUGAAUCCCAGGUUCUGGCCACGCCCAGCUUUCUCCCAAGGCCACCACUUCCUCAAGAAUGAAAACUGUGACCGAAGAGUCGAUGACGAUGGUGAUAAUGGAUGAUGAUGAUAAUAAAUGUUUCUGAGCUGCCUGUGUUAUAUCUGGGUUGGUGAGUGAAGGGACUAGACUAUGAUGCCUGCCUGAGCCGUGGCUGGCAUCCCGGGUUCAGAUUUUAAUACAUCUGAAAAGCAAGGCUUUGGCUAAAAUUCCGAGACCCUGAUCAUUUCAUCUUUCUCCAAAUUUUACCUGGCAUAUGGUAAACAACAUUUUGUGCAAAGAUAAUGUCUGUAUUCAGUUCAGAUUGACGUGUGUCCUUAUAAACUCUUACUCAGAUGAAUUGAACUUUCAUGGGACUGACUGGGAUUUUUUUCUUCCAAAGCUACAAGCAUGGCCACCUGUGGUACCAAGGUGUUGCGAAAACAAAUAUCUGUGUUGCGCUUCCUGUUUUAACCUACCUCGUUUUGUUUGUGUUUUGUUUCACUGUCCAUCGCAGCAGUGUCCUGUCCAUGAGAUAUAUAGAGAGCUCAGCUGGCAAUCAGGUGGGCUUGGAAAGGUUUCCAAACCGAGCAGUAGCUGACCAAAUUAUUCUUGAAAAAUUGGAGGGGGGGGGGUGUGACAAAAUUUUGUAAAAAAAAAAAAAAUCUGCUGAUUUCACCUCAACAACACAAAGCUGAGAAUGAGAACGAAACUCAUGUUAGGGAAAAGGAGUCAUUUCAGCCUGAUGGUUGGGGAGGGUGGGGGGCACGUUCGGGUGGGGAUGGCUAGUUAGAUGGGUAGGACCCUCCUGUGAAGGUGGCUGACAUUUGCUCUCCUUUUAAGUAGUUAAGACGCUGGGAUGGAAUCAAGGACUAUCUGGACAUCCCUGAGAUGUUCUCAUCAGGGUCCCGUUAUCUGCAAUGAAAUCCUCCCGUUCUCAUUUCCACUGCUGUGGCUCUGCUGAUGAGUGACACUGGCCUCACAAAUCCCACGCCACAAAUCCAGCAAUAAUCUUUUGGGGGGAACUGAAUUUUUCAACUACUGUAAUUGGAUGGUGACGUGGGCAAAAUCUGGCCAGAUGUGGGUCUCUUCCCCCCAAAGUGAUUGCCACCAGCUCUUUAUAUUGCUGCUGCAUCUUUUAAACCAGAAGCUUCCUUCAGUUAUGUUGCAGAAUUACCUCUGUUUUUAUGUUCAGCUUUGAUUUCUUAAAAGUGAUGAGUUUGAAACACACAGCUUUAAAAUGAUUUUUUUUAUUGUGGGAUCUUGGGUACAGUUAAAUAAAAGGGAAUCAUUGUGUCUAAAACAUAAGGUAGUUUGUGAAUGUAUUUUUUAACAAUCUAGAGUCAUGAAAACAAACCAAUCGUAAAACAAUACCGAUGCCGGCUUGUUUUCAGUCUGUACAGUGACAUGACCAUAGAACUUGAGCUUUUCCUGGUGCCAACAAUAAAACACGGACGUUAAACAUCAAGUCAUGCCUUCAUAUGUUUGUGCAGAUGUUUUACACUGAAUGUCAAGGCAAGGCCUGAGUUAAUCGAGCCAUCAGAUAGCUGUGCUUCUUACGAGAUGCCUAGACUCGUCCUCAAGACGUCUGGCUUCAUGCACACACUAUGACAGGCCCUUGAAGCCCGAAGCCAGGCAAAGUGUAUAUAAACAUUGGGACACAACACUUCCUGACUCACUUUAGUUCUUUUUUCCUUGAGGGGAGAAUUGCUUUUCAUUCAUGUUAAGAACAUCUUAACACAAGUUUCCUGAGUUGUGGAAUGAGCUUCUGAUAUUAUAGUUUUGUUUGUUUCAGUUCUUUCUGGAGAAGAUUUUGUCUCUAGAAUUUAUUUGUUUUUAUUUUAUUACCACUGGGUUAUUGCUGGUACUUGGUGCCUGCAUGACAAGUCCACUGCUCCCAAUUGCUACAUUUUUCUCUUUCUUUCUUCUCUUUCUUUUCUUUUAAUAGAGAUAGAGAAAUAAAUAGGGACAGAGAAAAUAGAGGGGAAGAGACACAGAGACAGCCACAGUACAGCUUCGUAUCUCCCACCCCACCCCUCCCCCCCUUUGAAUCUAGGUCCUCGUGCAUGGUAGCAUGUCAGCUCUAUCCAACUUUAGUUUAUAAUUUUCUACAAAGAGAAACAGGGCCCUCUUCAUCAGAGUCAAUUCCACUAUAUCCUUUAAAAUGCACAGCCCAUGGCUGAUAGGCUACCGUCUUCUCAACUGCUGGUCGGGGGCCUGGCAGGAGGCUGUCUGCAUCAGGAGGUGAUGGGAGUGGAAGGAGAGAAGGCCCCUUCAGACUCCUCCUGGUCACACUCACACCAUUGCUACUGCACACACCAUGCAGCAAGGCAGUGUGUAUAGCUCUAGACACAGCACAGUCCCAUGGCUCUGUUCAGGUAGAUCACACAGUGUUUUAAGCAAUGCUUCCAGAAGACUCAAUAGUCCCUUUACUCACAAGUGGAGAUGAAGAUACAGAUAAGUCUCCAGCAGGCCACUUGGGCUGGGCCUCCAUUUUCUUAACCUUUUGGCAUUACUAAAGGGAAGUCCUUGUACUCUUUGCAUCAAACCCACAUCUCUCUGACCCAUCAUCCCCCCUGGUUGUCAGCCCUACUAACAGUUUUCUGUCUGCUCUUGUGAAAUGUUGGUAACUGGUGUCUGCUCUCAGCCAAGCUCUAGUAUAGAAAGGGAUGUGAAAUGCAGGCCCGAGCCAUCAUGACGUUAUCCACCACCAGAAAAGGUACGGCCACGGUCUGAGCUCACAUUCCACAAAGAAAGAAAAAGGUCUUCCCUGCUCCUCUGUGUUUCUGUUCCUGUCACUGCGUUUUGGGAAUGUGGAGAAGCUUUCUGUUAAUGGUGUGUGCUUCCUUUCAAAGUCUGUCUGAAUGAGCAUCUUGCGUUUGUGCUGACCACAUUGACACAUAAAGUGUGUCACGAUUUUUCAUCAAGAAGACAGCUACUUAUGGAAAACAGUCAACCAGCUGGAGAACAGAAGAUGCAUCAUGCAAUCAAAAAUGACCCUCUUGUGCUUCAGAUAUCUCAAAUUUGGGAUAUUCCAAAAAUUCCCUCUGGAAUUUUGCUCUGACCAUCUCAACAGUUUCUCUGUAUUGCUAGUGACCUUUUAGUUCAGAGUUUCAGUCAAAUACAGCUUAACAAAUAACCUCCCCUGAGACUAGAUUAGAUACAACAUAAAAUCCCAGCCUCCAAGCAUGACUUGGCUUACCUGCUCAUAUAUUUCAUAGAUGCCACUAUAUUUUGGUCAUGUCAGUCCAGUGUAACAAAAAUCUCAAAGGGUGCUCAAAAUGGGUGUCAACUGGUCUCAUUUCUGAAGACUCAGUAAAGAGGAAAAACUCUUGGGAGCCAGGCAGUGGUGCACCUGAUUAAGCACACGUAGGACUACGCUAAGCUCAAGGACCUGUGCAAGGCUGCAGGUUCUAGCCCCCCAACUCUCCCACCUUCAGGGGGAUCACUUCACAAACAGUGGAGCAGGUCUGCAGGUGUCUUUCCCUCUCUAGCUCUUUCUCCCCUUUCAAUUUCUCUCUGUCCUGUCCAAUAAAAUGGGGAGGAAAAGCCACCAAGAGCAGUGGAUUCCUAGUGCUGACACUGAGCCCCAGUGACAACCAAAAAAGAAA